UUUCCCUGCCCCCUCCCUCCCUCCCUCCCUCCCUGCCAGCCCCCACAGCACCCUCCUCUCGGUCGCGCACAUUCCCCGCACCGCCAAGCCUGUGGGAGCCACGCAGCGAGCCGCAUAAGCCGUCGGCGCGACCAUCGGACAACAUGGCUUCUGGCGUCACAGUCAACGAUGAAGUCAUCAAGGUCUUCAAUGACAUGAAAGUGCGGAAGUCGUCUUCCUCUGACGAAAUAAAGAAGCGUAAGAAGGCAGUUCUCUUUUGCCUGAGCGAUGACAAAAAGAAGAUCAUCGUGGAAGAGGGCAAGCAGAUCCUGGUCGGGGAUAUUGGCGAGUCUGUUGAUGAUCCUUACGCUUGUUUUGUAAAGCUCCUACCUCUGAAUGACUGCCGGUACGGCCUGUAUGAUGCCACAUAUGAAACGAAGGAAUCCAAGAAAGAAGACUUGGUAUUUAUAUUUUGGGCCCCUGAAGGAGCCCCUCUAAAAAGUAAAAUGAUAUAUGCCAGCUCUAAAGAUGCCAUCAAAAAGAAGUUCACAGGUAUCAAACAUGAAUGGCAAGUCAAUGGUUUAGAUGACAUUCAAGACCGCUCCACACUGGCAGACAAGUUGGGUGGCAGUAUGGUGGUAUCAUUGGAAGGGAGGCCCUUGUAAACUGAAAGACACGUGCCAUUUGCAUCCCGUCGUCCCUCUUAGCAGCAUUGUCUGUACCCUAUGGUCUUCUUGGAACAGUUAUAGUAUUUCCACCCCAAAUGAAGGAGGUCUCACUAACUUAUAUAAAACACUUGUUUUUGUCUACCAGUAGUUGACUUUUUCUGGUUUUCUGGUAGCUUUCUUAAAAGAUCUUGACUCAUGUCAAGGAAUAUUUUCAUUUCUAGUGUUUUGCCAAACAAAAGUAAGCCACAAUCGAAGAAGAAUGCUGAUAUCCCAACAUAUAAAAACGCAUCGCUCACAACUAUUGCCAUAAAUAUAAAGUUGUGUAACUUACAGCUAAGAGGUUUCUUUCAAAUGCCUUGACAAUUGUGUGCACUGUUCUGGUGCUAGCCAAUAUCCAAUAUAAACAAUUUGCACUCGGCCGAAUUUUUCCGUGAGGCUUAUGUGUAACUGUUUAGUCUUGUUGACAGAGGUUUUUGACAAGGAAAAUGAUGUUUUACACUAUGCAUUCAAAAGCACUUUUUGUAAUUGUAUUUUUUUAAAUGCUUCAAGUUCAAGAAGGAAUAGAGAAAGGAAUGCCUACUGAACUUCUGUAUUUGUGUCAUUUAUGAAUUGACAUUACCUCAGUUUUCAUUCCUAUUGUGCACACGUAAAUGGAAAGAAGUGUGUUGUUGCUCUGUGGCCUUCUUGUGUUUAUCCGAAUGUACAGUACAAUCGCAGAAUAAAGAGACUCGGUGACACUAAAAAUGAAAUCUACACAAUCAGUCAACUUGGCGUUAGUGUGAUUGGAGCCUUAAAUUAUGUGUUUUUUUAAAUCAGCAAAGUUUCUACUUUGCAAUAAAACCUUGUGGCUGAUA